CUGCUCGCCUGUCACCAUCGAUCAAUGUAGUCUGUCAGUGUGGACGCCUGUUCUUCCGCCCUGCUACUUUCCGGACGACUCUCCUAAACCGAAUAUCUCUUCGCUGGGUCUUCUCGGCCGCAGUGACGCUGAACUCGGCCUCUAUUGAUCCACUCCACUGUUACCGAGAUGGACGAGUCAAAUGAAGAGACCCAGAGCGUUCCCCCAGGAAACCCACGAUGAGGUCGGACCAAAUGUUUGAGCCGACAAGCUGUGCCCAGACCAGCGAUGCCACUGUCCUGUCGCCCUUGUCGACUGGGAUGGAAAGGCGGUCAACGGCCCGGCCCAACGUCCAUUCUCUUUUUGCAUCUUGCCUGAUCCAUACACAGCCGACUAUCCGCUCGUACUCGCCUCAGUUACUGAACGGCUCGGGCGAAAUACUCAGUUCGACGCGGGAAAACACUUCCUCGUUCAUCAUUCCACCAGCUAUCCCAGGCGAUAAGUGGCGUUCUCGGCUGGGAUCUAGAUUUGGCAUCUCUACGGCCUAUGCCGUUUGCCAUACUGACGCCAGUAGUUCGUUCAGCUGUUUCGGAUGGCCCAGGUCGACAGUGCUGUAUCGGCGUUUCUCCCCUGGCAGACAGAACGGAGUCUGCAAAAUCCCCGAGCCCGGGGGGUGCGACGAUGCAGCAAAUCCCGAAGAAAUCGAUGAUGAAUGGAUUCUUCCUUUGGACUGUGUUCCAACGACGAUGGGGGCCGAAUGGAGCCGGAGCCGGAGCCGGAGCCGGAGCCGUCGGAAGUUGCGGACCGUGGACGGGAGCUACGUUAUUGGAACCGGUGCUUUGUCAUGUUCCGGUCGUGGCGCCACAAAAUCAACGCAGUGCCACAGUACAACCGAUAGAUGUGCCGGCUGCACGAGAAAGAACGACUUUCGGAAGGACGAUGGGCAUCACUUCGGGCGCUUGUCCACUACGGAGAAACCACCGACUGGCCUCAAGGAAGUGUUGGCGCCGCGGAGUCGGUUUGCACAAGGGCAAGGACAGGAGGAGGGGCGUCCAUCCGGCGUUUUGGGGGCCGAAUGA